AUGCCCGAAAAACCAUUUUCAGUUUCGGAAUUCCUCCGAGAAACUUGGGAUGACUACAACUCGCCAACAACUUCAAACUUCACCUCAAAGUUGGGGGUCUGCAAAAAUUUUAUCGGCCAGCAUGAAGAGGCCAUAGACUUUGACAGAAACAACUUGACAAAGUUAAAAAAAUCAUUGAAAGCUCUCUCAAGCUCUGGCAGUCUGCACGUAUCAAAUGAGACAUUGAUAGCAGAGAGUUUGUUGAAGUUGAGUCAGGGGGCCCAGCACGAAGAUGACGUCGGCAUCAUGACUGCCUAUUUCAAGUUCUCAGUCGUCACAAGGGAACUUUCUGUACUACUCAAGCAUCUAAUGCAGAAACUGAACAACUCGGUGAUGUUCAGUUUGGACAACUUCUUGAAAGGUGACCUGGCCGGGGUGAAGGGGGACCUCAAGAAACCAUUCGAUAAGGCAUUCAAAGAAUACGAAAUCAAAUUGUUUGCCACUAGCAAGAUAGAGAAGGAGAAGAAGCAAAUAGCUAGAGAUGCUGGUAUGAUUAAGACCGAAGUCACGGGGCCCGAGGUGGCUGAGGAGAUGGAGAGGGAAAGGAGAGUACUGCAACUGCAAGCCUGCGAGUACCUGCUGAAGGUAAAUGAGAUAAAAACGAAGAAGGGAGUGGACUUGCUGAAUCACUUUGUGGAGUUCUACCACGCUCAAAACAAUUACUUCCAAGACGGCCUGAAGACAUUGGAACAUUAUCAAUGCUACUUUGAAGAGCUCACCGUUGAGCUCACAAAACUUCGCACUAGACAGGAUCAGGAAAAGAAGGAACUGGCCGAAAUCAGAGAUGUGCUGAAGAAAUCUGUGGCAGCCUUCAAUAAAGAUAUGACCACGCAGUCGAAUGUGCAGCAGCAGCAGUCAGUUUACAGGCUGCACCAGCUGCAAGGCAACAAGGUUUUUGGCUGCGAGAGGACAGGCUGGCUGCUUAAAAAGAGUGAAGGAAAGAUGAGAAAAGUCUGGCAGAGGAGGAAAUGUUGUGUUAAGGAUGGGAACUUGUAUAUCAGUCAUUCAGAUGCUACGAAGGAUCCAGUAAGAUUGAACUUGCUCACUUGCCAAGUCAAGUUGAUUCCAGACGAUCCGGGCAGGAAAUGUUUCGAUUUGGUGUCCAGUUCGGAAAACAGGACGUACCACUUCCAAGCGGAUGACCCCCAGGAGCUCGAGGCUUGGACGUCGGUCCUGAACAACGCAAAGAACUCGAUCCUCAUGAAAGCAUUUCAGUCUCCAGCGGGACCCACUUCUCCGAGCCACAGAUACCACCAACAGCAGCAGCACAGCAAAUCCUCAUCAUCCACUUCCUCCAACCCCUGCCUCAUGUCUUCCACAUCCACCUCUUCUGAUUACUACGAUCUGAGGUUACAGGAACUUUCGAAGGCAGUCCUUCAGAAGGUCAAACAGCUGAAGGGCAAUGAUAAAUGUUGCGAUUGUUCCUGUCCAAAUCCGGAAUGGUUGUCGGUGAACUUGGGCGUGUUGAUAUGUCUGGAGUGUUGUGGAGUGCAUCGGGACAUGGGGGUCCACGUAUCCAGGACGCAAUCCAUCGUCAUCGACGACAUUGUUACCUCGCAGCUGCUCCUGGCCAGGGUGAUGACCAAUCAGGGCUUCAACGACAUAAUGGAGGCCACACUCGAUCCUAAAUACAAGCCUGAGCCUAAGAGCACAAUGGAGGAGAAGAAGCAUUUCAUAAAGCAGAAGUACGAGAAGCGCAAAUUUGCCAUCGUGACGAGCGUCGAAGUUGAGGACAGGCGGCAGGAUCUGAAGCAGGCCAUCUACGCUGGCGACAUCUACGCCCUGCUGCAGGUCUACGCUGAGGGAGUCGACUUCAUGGAGCCUCUGCCCGAUAUGGCAAACAAGGAGAACGCUCUGCACCUAGCCAUCAAGCAGGAAGAUGGCUACCACUUGUUCAUCGUUGACUUCAUCAUCCAGAACACGAGCAGCAAAGAACUUGGAUGUCAGACGAGCGAAGGUAACAACGCGUUGCACCUCUGUGCCCUUGAGGACAAAUCGGAGUGCAUGAAGUUGGUGUUGAGGUCGAACCCCGGCCUAUGUGACUGGUCGAACAAGGCCGGUCAAACUGCCAUGCAGAUCGCCAUGCAGAGAGGCAGUGACCUCUGCGUUGAGUUGAUAAACCAUGCGCUGGCUGGGAAGUCCGAUAUGUUUGAACACGUGAACAUUGAUUGGCAGUUCGUUCAGGAUGAUCUGAACCAUGACAUGGUUGACUACAGUGAUGAUGAUUUGGACUGGGAUACCAUAGCGUCAUCGUCGUCAUCUGCAGCAGCAGUUGGACCAAACAGCAACGCCAGUACAAUAACCAAUCGAACAAGAUCUAGACCCGGAAGUUUAGUGAUGACGUCAGAGGCCCUCAAUACUCUGACAGCCAAUCAGAGAUCGCUUACAAUCGACAACCUCCUACCACCGCAGCCAAUGCCAAGGAUCAAAGGAUCAAGCGUCCAAUUAGCAAGCAACAAUUUGAACUCAUCUCAAACUUCAUUGGUCAACAACGGUAUGAACGAUUCGACCAAUAGCGUGCAAUCUCACUCGGCGACGACAACGAUGCCAGCCAAUCAGCAUCAUCUCUACAGAAAGAAAGGUCCGCCCCCUCCGCUCCCGUUGAACAUCAACAGCCGGAGUCACAUCAGGAAUCCAUCUGAUCCUGGACUCAAUAGAAUGAACCACUCUGUACUGUUGGAGCUAAGGAAUCAUAGAAGGGAUUCAAGUUCUUUGGCUCCAACAUUAUCAACAAUACAAGGAAACAACAACAAUAAUAACAACAAUAACAAUAAAAAUAACAAUAAUAAUAAUAUUCCACCCGCUCUUCCCCCAAAACCGAACAAUCGCCUAAGAAGCCAGAUGCUCGAUCUAAUGAUUGACAGUCCGCAAGUCCUUUCCCCGACGUUUCACACUUUCCAACCGACCAAUCAGAACAGAGAACCAACCAGUGCUUCAGCCAAUAAAACUGCUCCUUUUAGCUACCUAACUGGUAUCAACAAAAAGCUUUCAACGAUAGCAGCCUCGCCAUCGUCGUCGUCGUCUGCACUCGUUACGUCAUCGUCGUCAUCAGCCUCAACAACGACAGCAGCUCACGGUAACAACAUCAGCAGCAGCAGCAGCGGUGGUGGCAGCAGCGGCUUCAGGCAGAGAUACGUUGCAGACCACAACUGUGAGGCGGAUAAUGAAGAUGAACUUUCAUUCGGAGAGGGAGAGGUCAUCCUCUUCAUCAGAGAGGACGAUGAGGAUUGGAGGGGGAAAUUGAGGGAGAUCCGAGGAGAAGGGGCCUUUUCCCGGCCAGUUUCGUCUCCAUGCUACCUAACAACCCUAAUCAGCAUCAUCAACACCAGCUACAACAACAUCAACAUCAGCAACUACAACAACAACAUCAUCAACAACAUCAACACCAGCAACAACAACAAUAUCAGCAGCAACAACAUCUUCAACAACAACAACAACAUCAGCAACAACUACAACAACAACAACAACAUAUGCAACAACAACAACAUCAGCAACAACAACAACAUCAGCAACAACAACAACAUCAGCAACAACAACAACAUCAGCAACAACAACAACAUCAGCAACAAGUAA